AGUCCAUUAGUUUGGGAAAGCGGAAAUGGAAGAAGAGAUACUGUUUGAACGAUUAGUCAAAUUCUGUUUUGGAAAAGCAAUGUCAAUCUUAUGCCUUUUCAUAAAUGCAAAGGUUCUUCAAAAUGGACGGUUUGAGUUAUUUCUCAACAAUUUCAAACAUGAAAUAUUUCAUCAAUGGAUUCCAAAUUUUAGAUGUUGUCAAUGUAAUCCUUAUAAAUAUACGCCUUCAAGGGCUGCCCUUACCGAACCUCAAAUGGCUAAAUUGUAUGAAUUACCCAAAACAGUGAAUACUGGACACGAAAAGAGAAAUCCAAAAGGAAAAAUAACUGAGCAUUGUAUAUGCGGAUUAAAAGCUUUACCAGACGUUGAAACAAAGGAUGCAGAUAUUGGAACACUGUAUUGCAUCUUAAGAAUUUGUGAUAAGACUAAUUUCUUGCGAGUAAAACAACAACUUGAAGUAAUAAGAACAAUGAGAAAUGAAAUUUCACAUUCAGCGAGUAGAACAUUUACAGAAAAUAAAUUUAAUAAAAAAUGGAAGGAACUCGAAACAGCUGUAUUGGAUAUUGCGAAUGAAGUCAACCCUUCAAUUAAAGUCCACGAAGCCAAGCAGAUAGCUGAAUUAAAAGUUGCUGAUGUUACUCAAGAGAAGUUAAACACGUUAAUGAAAGUUUGCGAUGAAAAUAAAAAGCAGUUGGAAUGUAUAUUGAAUAUAAAACAACAAGAAGCAGCUCCAGAUCCGGAAAUCCGAGAACAUGCCUUUAACAUUGAGAAUUUAUUGAUUAGAAUAUUAUAUGAACACCAUCAUACAUGUUCAAACACACAGUCUCAAAGUAGUUGGAAAUGUUGUUUUUGCUUGCCAUCGAAUGGCUCAAGGUAUUUGGCGGAUGCACAUCUAUCAGAUGAGGAAACCAACCCUUUAAUCCAACUUACUAAAUGGGCAAUGAAUCCACCAGGUAACUGGGACGUACAAAAGAUAAAAGAAAAACUUAAAACCAACUCCUGUUCACUAAAAUAUUUAGAAAAAGAGUCGACUGAUAAUAGAAACUUGGUUUUCGGGAAGGAAUUUCCAAGACAACUUGUCGAAAAUCAUAAAAAGCUCAUAUCAGAAAUAGAGUCAGGUUUUAAACAAACAUUUGAAGCUGGUGAAAUUGAUGUUAAGACCACUGCUGAGAUUACAGUUAACUGGUCAGUGGAAGAUAUACCAUGUAAAAGGUUUGACUUAAAGAAUACAGUUCAGAUUCCUUUCGAGAAAGCCGCAAAUCAUCCUAUCCAAAAUAUCGCUGAUAUUAAAACAUUCAAAGAUGAACGAAUAGUCAUUGCUGAUAAAAACUUGCACUUGUUGAAACUUUUCUAUAAAGGACAAGAAAUUCAAACAAUACGAUUAGAUGGAGGACCAACGUCAUUAGAUAUAAUAGACGAUUCAACUGUCUGUGUGACUCUUCCCCAAGAAAGCAUUGUUGCUAUCGUAGACGUUAACAGAGGAGAAACAACGAGGAAAAUACAUGUUGAUGGGAAAUGCUGUAGUAUUAUGUACACACAAGAGUGUUACGUUGUGGGAUGUGAAAAUAGAACCUUAAUAAAAAUUAAUCAUUCUAGUGAUGAAAACCAAAUCUUCAAGCUACCCUUCGAACCUUCUGGUAUCUGUGGAAAAAUAUUCGAUAACGGGCGUAUACUUUGCAUGCUUUGUCAGAUUACACAAGAUAAUAAAAUAUAUCGCAUAGAAACUGAUAUAGAGGGUAAACUUAAAUAUCAUGAACACGUUAGUUUAAAACAAACUAUAGGAACAGUACAUUUUGGAUUAACGAUAGAUGAUGAGGAUAAUUUACUUUAUCUUGAUAACAAUGAAGUAUUUAAAGCGUACAAUGAUGCCGCAAACACUCUAGUUUUGUCUCCAUAUAAGAAAAUAUCUUGCAUGCAUUACGACAUUUCAUCAAAGGCAAUCUUACUGGUAACCAUCGGGGGAGAAAUUUUGUUUUACGAACACUUAAGCACUCGUUUGUAG